UUGAUUGAGCAUUGAGCAUCAUUAUACAGCAUAUGGAUUUAUAUUCUAUGCAAAAAACUUUUGUAAAGCAUGUCUAAUAUGUGCUAAACAUAAUCUUCAAGGAAAUUUAAGACCUAAAAAAGGUGCUUUCCCUAAACCUAUUUAUCCUUUCAAUUCUGUUUGGUUAUAAUAGAUUUGUUUUCUAAAUGGAUUGCAAGAAAGGGAUAGUUAGAUCAGAUGAGUAAUAAGUAAAAUCACCUUCUUAAUUAUUCUCUGGAACCUUACCGUACUGCUUAGCACUCUAGUAAUUCUACUGUGGUACUUGUUAUAGAAUACACAUUUGGUCUCCUUCACCGACCUUCAGUGGAAGUCCAUCGUACAAAGGGGGUUGUAUUUUUAGUAUACAACCAUCUCAAACUGGUGAAGGUUCAACAACUCUGCCGAGAGGUCAUAGGAAGUAGACCAUUGUGUAAAAAGAUUAUCCAUAGAACACUUUUUGAAGUUUGAACCUAGAUGAUGUUGCGAUUAUUCAUAUUAGUUUUGUCUUUAGCUCUCACUCAGGGCAAGGAUUCUUGUUGCCCCCAUGAUCCAGCUAUUUGUAAAAGGGACGUCUAUCUCUGCUAUAACUCUACUAGAGUAAUCAGUUUGGUGACUAUUCCUUUUCAAACAUUCUCGCAAAGCUUUAAACAUGACCCAGGAAAUUGGCGCGGUUAUGAUUUCUACCUAUUUCCUCGCGUAGUUCAAAUAACUCAUAAUGGUUGGGGAGACAUAUUUAGAACCACUGGACAGUGGAAAAAGGGGUCAUAUGGAUGGACACCUUUAGCUAAGAAAUGGAUGAGUAGAAUAUCAGGGUUCACUGUUAACCAUGCCUCCAAAGUUUUCACUAUGACAAUAAACUCCACAGCAGAACCCCUUGAGAAGGAAGGCUGUUCUUCCUCAUUUCUAUGUGCACGGUCCAGUGGAACCGAUCCAUGUUGGCCUUUGUAUUUGUGCCCCGCAAAUAUUACACAAGAAGGAGAUGAGAUACAAGGGAUUCUUACUUCUGCCCAAGGUGAACAGAUAAAAAUUCAAAAUAUUAAUGGACCGCUUAAAACAGAUGAAUUGUUUCAAGUCACCACUGGAAUCUCUGGGCAAACAAACAUCUGGCUUUUAAUGGCAGAACAAGCAGCUAAAACAGUGUCUAAUGAUUGUCUUGUGUGUAUGGGAGCCAGACCGCUGUUACGCGUGGUUCCUGCUACCAUAACUCCUCAAUGUCUUCUAAAUAUAAUGAAUUAUACGGUCCCAUCUGAUAAUUGCACCUAUUGGGAUAAGAUCUAUCCCCUGACCACAGCUGAGAAGAAAAACAAAAACAAAAAAACAAUCUUUUUGAAAAAAGUAGCUGUGGCAAAUUUCACCUGUGUAAACAGGACCGGAGUGGGCCCGAAACUAGGCACACUAAAUGAAACACAAUGUGCAAGUAUUUUACUGGUAUCCAUUUUUUUUUAAACCUCAAUUGAUAGCAUUGGUGUACCCAGAGGUGUUCCUGAUGAGUAUAAACUAGCCAAUCAAGUU